ACAUCUCUAUAGGAUUACAAACUCUCAUUCCCUUCUCUCGGUUUCCUUCGAUCCAAACUACCUCGUUGACGGAUAAUAACUUUUCAUUGUCCACAAUACACUAAAUUGCUAUAUCUAUAUAUAUAUAUAUAUAUAUAUAUAUAUGUAUGUAUGUAUGUACCAAAUAGAAAUUACUACAAACACUAGGAAACGAACUUACAUACCUUAUGUGGUAUCAGUCAUCCUCUCCAAUAGAUUUAUACUGUCAAGUCCUUCGAGUUCUGCAAAGCAUGACAUCUGUGUAGGAAAGAAAGGACUGGCCAGACGUUUGUGUAGAAGGCAAUGGAAAUUGGGUCGAGAAGGAAUAUGGUCUCCUCAGAAAAUUCUCCCCCUCUUAACUCCGUCACACCGCUCCGCCGUAGGACGGCCAACCGAAUAUAUGCCCUCAUAUACGCUUCUGCCCUCCUAGCCCUCUUCUACCGCCACGUCCGGCAGCUCCUCCUCCUCCGCUUCACCACUCCCGUCCCCGUUGCUGCUGCCACCUUGAGCCUCUUCGUGGCCGAUUCCGUCCUUGCCUUCAUGUGGUGCACCACCCAGUCGUUCCGCGUGUACCCGAUCCGCAGGACCGAGUAUGUCGAGAAUAUCCCUAAAGUGCUCAAGGAGGAGGAUUUUCCUGCCCUGGAUGUGUUCGUCUGCACCGCGGAUCCCUACAAGGAGCCGCCCAUCGGGGUUGUGAACACGGCGCUGUCAGUCUUGGCGUAUGACUACCCGGCCGAUAAGUUGUCCGUGUACCUGUCGGAUGAUGGCAGGUCGGAACUCACUCUCUUUGCGUUCAUGGAAGCCGCCAAGUUUGCGGCCCACUGGUUGCCCUUCUGUCGGGAGAAUAAGGUGGUGGACCGAAGCCCCGAGGAUUAUUUCAGGUCGAAUCGAAGCAUUGGCUCCGAGACAGAGAGGAUUAAGUCAGUAACAUUUGGGUUGCAGGUGAUGUACGAGGGCAUGAAGGUGAGGAUAGAGAAUGUGGUCGCGAAAGGGGAAGCCGGCAAGGAAUUCAUCGAGAAAGAACGCCAAGCCCUCAGCCCGUGCACGGACGCCGUCACCGGUCAAAGUCACCCACCCGUCAUUCAGGUUCUGGUAGACAACAGCCAAGAUAGAGACAUCGCGGGAAAUUUGAUGCCCAACCUCAUCUAUGUCUCCAGAGGCAAAAGCAGGGCAGUCCACCAUCAAUUCAAGGCGGGUGCCCUCAAUGCCCUGGUUCGGGUAUCGACCGUCAUGACCAAUGCACCUAUUUUCCUGACUCUUGACUGCGACAUGCGGUCCAACGAUCCCGGUACACUCCGUCGAGUGCUCUGCUACUUUGCGGAUCCCAACAUAGACCAGUCCAAGCUGUCGCACAUUCAGUUCCCUCAAAUUUUCCAGGGGCUCAAUAGGGACGACAUAUAUGCUGGUAGCUACAAGAGCCUAUUCCAUAUGAAUCCCCCCGGCAUGAAGAAUGGGCCCAACUACCUCGGGACUGGGUGUUUCUUCCAUCGCCGGGCACUGUUCGGUGGUCCAACAGCUUACGUGGCGCCAGAGAUUCCCGAAUUGAGCAUUGAUCAUGUUGUGGAAAGGCCAAUUCAGUCCCAAGAAACCAUGGAACUGGUACAUCGAGUAGCUGGUUUCGGUUACGAGAACAUGACCAACUGGGGAUCUAAGGUGGGUUUCCGAUACGGAUCGGUGGUGGAGGACUACUACACGGGCUACCUGCUGCACUGCGAGGGAUGGAAAUCAAUAUUCUGCACCCCAGACCGGCCGGCAUUCCUGGGCGAUGCACCGACGAGCCUCAUCGACAUGCUGAAUCAGUGCAAGAGGUGGAUCGUUGGGCUCCUGGAGGUGGUGUUUUCCCGGUACAGCGUCAUGACGUACGGGUUGAGGUCCAUGGGCCUCCUCAUGAGCUUGUCGUACGCCCAAAUUGCCUUCUGGGCCACAUGGUCUAUCCCCCUUGUCGUCUAUUCCUUCGUCCCUCAGCUGGCUCUCAUCAAUGGCCUCCCCGUCUUCCCAAAGGUAUCAGAGCCGUGGUUCCUCCUGUACACGUUCCUUUUCCUCGGGGCAUACUCCCAGGACCUGGUCUACUUCCUCUUGUCUGGUAGCGACGCGACGUUGAGGCGGUGGUGGAACGACCAGAGGAUCUGGCUGAUCCGUGGCCUCACGUGCUACCUGUUCGGGUCGCUCGAGUUCACCCUCAAGCGUCUCGGCAUCUCCACCAGCGGCUUCGAAGUCACUAGCAAGGCAGCCAAUGAUGAGCAGAGCAAGAAGUACGAGCAAGGUGUGUUUGACUUCGGGGCACCGUCCCCGAUGGUCGUCCCCCUCUCUGUGGCAGUGCUUGUCAACUUAGUCGCGCUCGCAAGGGGGCUGGCGCUCGCGCCAGGAUUAGCCAUUGAAAGCUUCGCAUUGCAGGUGCUCCUGUCCGGUUUCGGAGUAGUGAAUGGGUGGCCGCUAUACGAGGCCAUGUUCUUUAGGAGCGAUAAGGGGAAGUUGCCUACAAACAUCACUUUGGCCUCCACUUUCGUGGCAGCUCUUCUCUACGCUGCAGCCUCCCUUGCUUAGGGGUAUUAUGUCCAUCGGAUAUCAAGAGGAUUAAUAUCGAGCGAAAAGAGCUUCCGUGCAGUUUAAGUUUCGUGCAGUUGUUGUAAUUGAGUCAAUCACGUACGAUUUUUUACAGAUAAUAUUAGACAAAUGGUCUUCCAUUUCAUAUAUACUCAAACUACACCAGCAGCAGAGAACUUCAACCAUAAAGGAGUAAAUCCUGCUGUAAUAAGCAUUACGCAUUUGUAAGCACGGUAGGUCAGCCCUCCUUUUGCGCGGAUUGCAGUUGUUCCUUGUAUUUAGCAUGCGUCUGUCAGAUCUUCUUAUUAUGGACUAAUAAAAAUUCGAGAAAUAGUUUCUCUCCA